AUGUAUUCAGAGAGAUCUCUGGAAAAGGACAGUGAUCCUACUGACUCGCAAGACACAGAGAGUCUUUUGAGUCAAGAUAAAUCCCAGGAACAGCUCUUAUUAUCAUCAUCACAGCCGUCCACAUCUAGGCGAAACAAGCGACUGAUAACGCACCUCCACAUCGCCGCCUUUGUCUUUUACAGCGUCCUUACCGUCACACUUUACGCAUGGAACGUAAGAAUAAAUGCGAAGAAAUGCGACUGUGAAACUGCCGCGGUCUAUUCUCCCGCAAGAGCAGCCAUAAAAUACGAGAAGCAAACAAUCGUACACAAUCUCGCAGACAAUGGCAAAUACAGAGGCCCGCCGCGACCAGAGCAGGACGCAGCAUGGGAGGACCUGUUGAGAUACAACAACCUCCGCGUCCAAAAAGAAGACCUCGACAAGGCAAACGCCACUUCCGUGCCCCUCAACGACGCCCAGGGCGGCUACCUCGCGACGCUCGACGUCUUUCACACGCUGCACUGCGUGAACAAGAUGCGCAAGUCGUACUACUCGGACUACUACCACGACCCGAACCCGCUGGCGGACCAGCGGGAGCACUUUGACCACUGCGUCGACCUGCUCCGCCAGGUCGUCAUGUGCCACGGCGACGUGUCCCUGCACACGUACGAGUGGAAGGACGACUACAGGUGGCCGUGGCCCAGCAUGAGGACGACGCAUCAGUGUCGGAGCUGGGACAGUUUGAUGGCUUGGUCGAAGGAGCAUUACGUCCCGAGCUUGACGGGUCCGAUAUUGUCGCAUCCGACGUUGGGUACAUCGUUUCGAGGAGAUGAGCCUCAUAGUUGAUAUCAGUAAUGGGGUGGUGAUGGCACGGUAAUCAUACGCCCGGAUGGUAGUAUUAGACAUGGCAAUCUAGAAGUCGUAGCCGAUUAUCCAUUGUUUCAGUGCCGU